AUGGAGAAGUCCAGGAAGAUCUUUGUCAGCGUCAUCCUGUUUAUCGCAGCUGUGGAAAUGUGUUUGGCUCAACACUGGUCUUAUGGCCUGCAACCAGGAGGGAAAAGGAAUGCUUUUUUGGUAGAAUCAUUCCAAGAGAUGGAAAAUGAAAUGGAAAAACUGGAGGAAAUGCAGAAGACUGAAUGCCCAGGCCCCCAUCAGCCUUCCAGGUUUAGCGAUCUGAAGGGAGCCCUGGCAAGUCUGAUUGAAGGAGAAGCUAGCCAGAAGAAGAUUUAA